AUGCAUCACCCUGAUAAACCGGAAGAGGCUCACGUCGACCAUGCAGGGGUCGACGAUCAAAUCAUGGCCCAAGACGACAUUUCUCCAAGCUUAAAGAUAACUCAAGACUCCUACUGGGACAACAAAAGGGGCGUCGCUCUGUGUCUCCUCUUUAACAUGGCAGCAUUCGAGUAUGGACUGGAUCAAGGAAUGGUUAACGGAUUUCAAGCGAUGCCAGGGUUUCUCCUUGAUUUUGGCUACAAAGACUCCACACUUCCCGGAGGUAUGGGGAUCUCCACUACCGUGCAGCAGCUCAUGGGCAGCCUCGUCUCGCUUGGCAUGUUCUUCUCGACCCUCAUUUCGGGCUGGGUCUGUGACAAGAUAGGCCGCAAAGGAGGCUUGCUAGUCGGGUUAUUUCUCAUCGUGGUCAGCACCACGGUACAAAUGGCAGCAAUCAGUUUCGGUGGCCUCUAUAGUGGCCGUAUAUUACUAGGUCUAGCUAAUGGCUUCCUUCUAGUUUGUUCGCAACUCUACAUGCAGGAGACCAUGCCAUCGAACCUACGAUCCCUUAGCUAUACUUUCUUCCAGUUCUGGAUCUCCUUCGGCACCUUGAUUGGAGUCAUCGUCAAUAAUGCAACCGCAAAAAUCUUAACCCGGGCUUCUUACCGAAUUCCGCUAGGAAUCUUGUAUAUUAUCCCACUUCUUCUUGGAGUUGUACUCUUUUUCCUUCCAGAGACCCCACGUUACCUGGCUUCUCAAAACAAGCAUAUCGAAGCACACAAUUCCUUGAGGUUCUUGAGGGACUCAUGCUAUACUGAUCUUCAGAUCAAAGAAGAGAUCACCGAAAUAACACAUUCUCUCGAGGUCGACCGAGAGAUUGUCCAAACUGUUGGCUACCGCGAGCUGGUCCGAGGGCCUAAUUUGAAACGCACCUGCACCUGCGUUGGGUUGGGACUGUUUGCUGCAGCCUCCGGAGUUCCAUUCAUCACGCAGUACGGCGUUUAUUUCUUCAUGCUGUCUGGAGACACCGAACCGUUCCGCGACGUCAUCAUAUUGGUCUGCUGUGGAAUUGCCGGCGUCAUGUUCACACCACUUUUCACUGGCAAGAUCGGCAAGCGUCCGAUCUUGAUGUUUGGUGGGAUCGUGCAGGCCCUUUGCAUGCUCGGGCUUGCAUUGCCUUACAGUAUCCGUGGCAUCGAUACGACGAGUGGGAGAGUUAUUAUCGCCAUGUGUUGCAUCUACCUGUUUUUCGCGUCCGCAACCACAGGCCCUUUUGCGUGGCAGGUUGCGGGUGAGAUCCCCAACCAGCGGCUGCGUGGGCACACCUUCGGUGUCGCCGCUGCUAUCACAUAUCUUUCAGGGUGGUCUAUCACAUUUACCAUUCCAUACUUCAUUAAUCCAACGGCACUAAAUUGGGGUGCUCAGUAUGGUUAUAUCUGGGUUGCCAGUAAUGCUCUGAUUACUGUAUUCACCUGGCUCCUUGUCCCAGAAACCAACAGGCGCACGCUCGAGGAGAUUGAUGAGAUGUAUCUGACUCGAGUUUCCAUCCGUAGUUUCGUUACAUAUGACUGUUUGGGGUCAAAGGAUGCACGCUUGCAAGCUGUACGGGCUUCGAAGACAGAAAGACUUGAGGUACAGGAGGCCUCUGGAGCUGGGAAUUAA